GGGCUGCCUCCGAUUUUUGAAAUGUUGCUUCUCUUCAAAGUAACCCUACCUAGUGCUGUGCAAAGGCAGUUCCACAAUGCUGAGCGUCAUCGAGCAGCAUAAAUAGCAAGCACGAGUGAAUGUGGAGAUUGGGAGGGCACAGAUUUCAAACAUACUUGGCUCUCCCCAUCUCUUUUCUGCACACCCAUUCCAAAUGCCUUAAGCUUUUGGGUUCCAGGCUGCUUCUUUUUGUCUGCAAAGACCCUUUAGUCACAUUUUGGCCAAGUCUGCUGGGGGGGUUUUUUCCCCACCCUUAAUUUUAUUUUAUUGCCCAAGAAGAAACCUCAUCAACUGGAUUUCACUGAAGUCAGAAUAAAUACAAGGUUGAAGAUCACAGAUGUUUCUGACAUUUCAACAGAAAUUAAUCUCAGCUCAGCAGUAUUUCCUUCCGUUCCCUCUUCUCUUCAAAGAAUCAAAUAUUGCCUGCUGCUGAUUGCUCAAGGCAUGUAAAGAUAGAACCUUUACGAGAAUGGAUGGCACUAUCUCCUCCACCAUUAGAGUGGCCACAGACACAGAAACUGGCAGCCCGCUCAGAAGCAACCCUAAUAUUUCUUCCAACAACACAUGGGGUGAGGCCUUCUCUGCCAGCUCUUUGGAGGAUAUCAUAGCCACCUGCACCAUUGGGACCAUCCUGUCUCUUAUGUGCAUAAUUGGAGUGACAGGCAAUGUCUACACCUUGGUUGUGAUGUGCCACUACAUGAGGUCUUCUGCCUCCAUGUACAUCUACAUCAUCAACUUGGCCCUAGCAGACCUGCUCUACCUUCUCACUAUCCCUUUCAUUGUGGGGACUUAUUUCAUUCAGGAAUGGUACUUUGGAGAUACAGGUUGCCGGAUCCUUUUCAGCUUGGAUUUCCUCACCAUGCACGCUAGCAUUUUCACCUUGAUGGUGAUGAGCACAGAGAGAUACUUUGCAGUGCUGAAGCCUUUGGACACUGUGAAGAGAUCCAAGAGUUAUCGGAAAGCAAUUGCCCUCAUUAUCUGGGUGGCAUCUCUGCUUCUCACCCUGCCAAUGCUGAUUAUGAUCCAGCUGGUGCAUGGGGAAAAGAAUAUUUGCCUCCCCACCUGGAGCAAGUUGUCUUACAAGAUCUACAUCACCAUUCUCUUCUGCACCAGCAUUGUUGGCCCUGGUGUCAUCAUUGGGUAUCUCUACGUUAGACUAGCAAGAACCUACUGGGUGUCCCAGACCACUUCCUUGAAAGAGACCAAGCGGCUGCCCAAUCAAAAAGUCCUCUACUUAAUCUUCACUAUUGUCCUGGUCUUCUGGGCCUGCUUCUUGCCGUUCUGGAUCUGGCAACUGCUCUUCCAGUACUACGAGCCUCUUCCCAUGUCUCCUAAAGCCACUAGGAACGUCAACUACCUGACCACCUGCCUGACCUACAGCAACAGUUGCAUCAACCCUUUCCUCUACACCUUGCUGACCAAGAACUACAAAGAAUAUUUGAGGAAUAGGCAGCGUUCUUUUCACAGCAGCCGCAACUACUUCCAGAGAAGGAACCGAUUUCAAAGGAUUUCUGGGAGAUCUUUGUCAACAACCAGCCAGCAUUGUACAGAGACAUUUAUGCUCCCACCCAUUCCAGGGGGAAGUAAUAGCCCAUGAUGAAAGAAGCACACUUCCAAAAUCAACUGUCAUCAAAGUCAGAAGAAGAAGAAAGAAAGCAUUACAUCUGAAAGGGAGGGAUUGUAGAAGAGGUACACGCUGGGUUUAGAGUUUUGAUGAUAUUUGUCAUCAUAGUAAAUCAGGAAAAAAAAACUUAUGUAUUUCAUACAACCCAUGAUAUAUCACUGUAAGUUUUUGCUUCUUGAAAUUUUAUUAUUCCUAUUGUGAACAGUAUUCACUCAAGCAGAAUUAUUUGGGAGAUAAGGGUAUGAAUAAAAAAACAUGUUAAUUAGUUUUAUGUUUAAGCUGGAAGGUAGGUGGCACUUUUGUGGAAAUUGAAUUUGAGGGAAAUGUUUGACUUGCUACUGAAUUCGUAUCAUCUAAAUUCAGAUACAGGGACUAAAAACUUGGGUACGUGUUAUCCGGCAGAUUUUUCAGGACUGACAGUUGUGAGUCUUGUGGAUAAAACCGCUUUAUGCACACUUACACAUUCAAAUCUGUUUGUCUUUUACCCCAGCACAUUCUUCACUGAUCAUCUCAGGUGAAUCUCUUUAUGCUUCAAAAAAUAAUUCCAAAUACAUAAUUUGGACCUGAGAAAAAAGUGCUGUGACUGCUUUAUGGAGCUGACUCAUUAAUGUUAAUAUGAAUCUUAAAGCGGUCCCUCUUUAGGAUUUUUUUUUUUCCCACAAAGAAGUUUCAUCUUCCCUCUCAGGGGUUAUUUUAAUAAAUAGUAGAACAGUCCAAAACACUUUUCCCAAAGCGUGUUUUUUUUAAGCAUACACAGCUCUAGUGUCAAAUAUUAUGUGGUAAUAUUAUAAAUACAGAUAUUUAAUCCUCAGUUUACAACCACAACCACAACUGAGCCCAAGAUUUCUGUCGCUAAGCAAGACAUUUGUUAUGUGAAUUUUGCCCCAUUUUAUGACCUGUCUUGCCACAGUUGUUAAGGGGAAUCACUGCAGUUAGAAACAGGAUUGUUAAGUGAAUCUGGCUUCCCCAUUGACUUUGCUUGUCAGAAGGUUGCAAAAGAUGAUCAUAUGACCCUGCAACCAUCACAUGACACUGAUCACAUGACACUGCAACCAUCAUAAAUAUGAGUCACUUGCCAAGCAGCUGAGUUUCAAUCAUGUGACCAUGGGGAUUCUGCAAUGGUCAUAAGGGUAAAAAAUGGUCAUAAGUCACUUUUUUGUAACCUCGAACAGCCACUAAAUGAACUAUUGUAAGUUGAGGACUACCUGAACAUAAGACAUACACAAGAAAUAAAGAUUGUUCAAUGAAAACAAAUCAAAGAGAAUAUAAUUUAGCGUCUCUGCAGUUAUAACAGUUGCUGUGUAGUAUUUGUUGGUUAACAUAAACAAGAAUUAAACAGGUUGAUCUUUAAGAGCCUUGCUUCAGGGCUGGGCAGAAAGUUUAAAUAACAAGUGUCUGUGCAAACCCCAUUAAUUUCUUUUAGAAGGAAGUCUACGGCAGGGAUCUCCAAUCUUGGCAAUUUUAAGACUUGUGGACUUCAAUUCCCAGAAUUCCUCAGCCAGCUUUGGUGAAGUCCACAAGUCUUAAAGUUGCCAAGAUUGGAGACCCCUAGUCUACGGGAUCCAGCAUUUACAUUUGUAAAAUGUAGAAACAUUUUACAAAGCAACCUGUAAUAUUGUCAUCAAUCCAUAAAUAGUGGGGUGGUUCUUUUUUUUUAUUAUUUUUUGCUCUUAGGACCACUUACUACUUUUAAAAGUUAUGGAGGACCUCCAAAAGAGCUUUGGUUUAUAUGGGUAAUAUUUAUAUUUUCCAUAUAUUAGAAAUUAAAAUCGAUGCAUUCAUGGAAUAUUUAUUUAUUAAAUCACGUAAAAAUAACACUUAAAUUCAUGAGAUAUUAACAUAAAUGAAAUAUUGACCAUAAAAAGCCCUAUAUUUUAACCAAUUUUAAAAAAACCAGAAGUGUGCCAUUGUUUUAAAUGUUUGUAAUUAUCUUCAAUAGCUUGGAAAUACUUUUGAUUUCAAGGACCCUUGAGGGGUGUGUUGGGAGACCUCCAUAGGUUCUAGUAUUCCCUUUUAAAAAACCCAGCCAUAAGCACUUUAAUACUUGUAUUCUUAUCCUGUGAUUUAAAAAAAAAAACCCAAUUUUCUAAGAAAUCUGUAUCAAUGUUGCUAGAGAAUUGUGGCAUUUUGAAAUUCUGCAACAUUUCCCACAUAACUGAAGGUGUGCUUUGUAUCUUUUUUUUUUUU